GUGUUGAAUGAGGGAAAUUCAAACGAAAAUCAAGGCGCUGACAAGUGUUUCUCACGUGACACGUGACAUGAUACGUGAAGUUGCAUUUCGCGCGAUUUGUUGAUUGUUAUUGCCAGUUAAAGAGGUUAUAACCGUAUUUAAUAUAGAUUUAUGUCUUAUUUUACCGUGUUUUUCACAUGUAUUUGAAAUGACGUCAUUGGAAUAAUGCAGCGGUGCGCAAAAAUUACAAUCUCUGUUUUUACGAGAUACGAGCAGAUGGAAAUUUGAAGCAAAUCAAUAAAUAAGUGCCAAUAAUAUAAAGUUUAGAGAGGUGACGAUUAUAACACAAUCAUGGAUAUAUCGAUAAUUGACAACACUGAAGACGAAUCCGAUGAAUUAUUCUCAGAUGAUGAACAAAAAAAAGAGAUCAAACGUGAUGGCCUGAUUUUAAAUCGACUUGAAACACCUAGUUCCAGCAAAAUGACAUCAAGUGAUGAUAUUCCACAUGCUCCAUUAAGUCUGUUACCCCUUCUAAGCAAGAUAAAUGAACAGUGGACUAGUGAUUUUGAGACACCACAAGCUCAACCAUAUAUAAAACUAUUAACAAGCGCAACAAAAAAAACAGAAGAAACACCUAAACUUGAACAGCAUACACCUGAUAUUUCAACUGUUAAAAGCAUAGACAAAAUUAUAUCUGAUUCUCCUGUUAUUGCAGAAGAAUCUAGAGCCUCACGAAGACGCUCUAAACGCUCCAAACGUCGUAUAUUUGAAACUUCUAUAUCUAUAGAUCCGGUAAUCGUAAAAAACAACGAAAAUGUUACUAUAAACGUAUCGUUAGACGCACCUUCUACUUCUGAAAAUAUUAAUUCUACAGUACAAAAUAGUGUUACAAAUGUUGCGGAACCUAUUUCUAAUAUUCUUGAAGAUUGUCAAUUAAAAGUUUUCAGUGAAAUUGAAAACUCAUGUAAUAAUGAAGACUUAGACAAUCAUGCAAAUACUGCAUCUGACAGCUUGGAUACAUCGACACAAGAAUUUUUUAAAAAUGCCUCAUUUAGUAAUAUAGAUCAAGUAUGCUUUAAUACUUUUGAUAAUCAAACAGCCCAGUCUAUGAUGCAUUGUAAUGAAAGGAUCGAAGAUAUUGAUAAGGAAAGAAAUAUAGAAGAGAAUAAAACUAUAGGUUUCUUUACUGCUCGUGGUGCUUCAAUUAAUGUCUCAAAGCAGGCAGUACUCAAAGCAAAGAGAUUGUUUGCAGAUGCUUUUGAUAUAGAUGAAAACCAUGCACAGAAUUAUGAAUCAUUCGCUAAAAGAAAUUCCAAUGAGCAGAAAAAUAAGUAUUUAUCAUCUUUUUCAUUUAAUACUACUUCUAUAGAUAUUACAAAAGAAAUACUGUCUAAAUCAGAGCUACAAUUUACAGAACAAUUGAAAAAUUGUGAUAAAAUGCAUAUUACAGAUUGUGAAAAAACGUUUAUAAAUAAAAGUUCCAACAAAGAAGUCAAUAUGGUUCCUAUUUUAUUCUCAACUGCUAGCGGUGCACCCAUUAACAUUUCAAAAGAAGCAUUGACUAAAGCAAAUAUAUUAUUAGCAGAUGAAUUAGAAAAGAAUAAUGAUAAAUUAAUAAAAUGUUCUAAAACAUCAUCUACAGAUAGAGAUUCUACAAAGAAUGUAACUUUAUCAUUAUUUUCCACAGCUAGUGGCAAUACUAUCAGUAUCUCAGAAAAAUCGCUGGCCAAAGCAAAAAUGUUAUUAGAAGAUGAAUCAGAAAAAGAAAAUGAUAUAAUAAAAAAUUAUGAAAAAUCAUUCACAGGUGGAAAUUCUACAAAAUCAAAUAACGUGACUUCAUCAUUAUUUUCCACAGCUGGUGGUAAACCUAUCAAUAUUUCAAAAACAUCACUGACCAAAGCAAAAAUAUUAUUAGCGGAUACAUCAGAAAAAGAAAAUGACAUAUUAAUAAAAUACUCUGACAAAUCAUUUAUAGAUGGAGAUUCUACAAAACCAAAUAACAUGACUUUAUUUUCCACAGCUGCUGGUAAAGCUAUCAAUAUUUCAGAAAAAUCACUGGCCAAAGCAAAAAUACUAUUAGCGGAUGAAUUAGAAAAAGAAAAUAAUGUAAUAAAAAAUUCUGAAAAAUCAUUGACAGAUGAAAAUUCUAUAAAACCAAAUAAUAUAACAUCAUCAUUAUUUUCCACAGCUGAUGGUAAACCUAUUAAUAUUUCAGAAAAAUCACUGGCCAAAGCAAAAAUACUAUUAACGGAAUCAGAAAAAGAAAAUGAUAUAAUAAAAAAUUUUGAAAGAUCAUUCACAGAUGGAAAUUCUAUAAAACCAAAUAACAUGACUUCAUCAUUAUUUUCCACAGCUGGUGGUAAACCUAUCAAUAUUUCAAAAACAUCACUGACCAAAGCAAAAAUAUUAUUAGCGGAUACAUCAGAAAAAGAAAAUGAUACAUUAAUAAAAUACUCUGAGAAAUCAUUCACAGAUGGAAAUCCUGUGAAAAAUUACAUGACUUUACCAUUAUUUUCUACCACUGAUAAUAAAUCUAUCAAUAUUUCAGAAAAAUCGCCGGCUAAAGCAAAAAUAUUAUUAGCGGGAGAAUCAAGAAAUGAGAACGACAUAUUGGAAAAAUAUUCUAAGAGAUCAACCACAGAUGAAAAUUUUAUGAAACCAAACAAUAUGACUUUGCCAUUAUUUUCUACAGCUGGAGGUAAAUCUAUCAAUAUUUCAGAAAAAUCACUGGCCAAAGCAAAAAUAUUGUUUGCAGAACAACUGGAUACUACUGUUGAACAGAUUAAACAGUAUAACAUACAUAAUUCAAGUAUUAGUUCCCAUAUUGCUCCUAAUGAAAAGAUUAAAAGAUGCGAUUUAAAAAUUCCAUGUGGUGAAUUUUAUCUUGAAAGUGAUCAAGAAAUAACAGUUUCGAAUAAUGCUCUAUUUAAAUCACAAACAUUCUUCUCUAACAACCAUCCGGAUAAUAAUAGCUCUGAUUUGAAAUUUACAUCACUGCAAAAGCGCAACAGCGAUUCAGAUGAGAAUACACCCUUGAGCAGAAACAGCUCAUUUGAUUCAAAAAAAGCUCGUCUCAGUAAUGAAUAUCAAGCCAGGAAAUUAUUUUCUGACAAUCUAAGCAUCGAUAAUGAUGAGAAUCGAAAUCUAGAUGAGAAAAAACAAGCAAAUUCAACUAUAAAUUCUGUCCUAAGAUCGCCCGAAAGAGAUGCUGUAGAAUCUGAAAUGGAUGCCGGUAGUCCUGUUCUAGGAACACACUCGAGAAAGCGGAAGGAUUUAGGACAUCGAAGGGACAAGUAUAGUGCAUUACGAGCGAGUAAAAUAACUCUAGAUGAUGUAAAGAAUGUAGCAUCACGAGAGAAUGUCACAUUUUGCAACAAUAUCAAUGUGAACGAAUCAGAUAUAGAGGUGCAGAAAUCGACGCAGAUGGAGAAACAAAAGGCAGAAAGCAAUACGGAAUGGAACGAAUACGGCGAUACUCAGUUGAUGAUGCAUUUCGUCGACGAAUCAGCGAGGAUACUGCAGGAUCGCUUGACGGCCGCGCUGGAUCAAGAGAAGAUAAUCACCGCGAAAAGGAGACACGGAUCGAAACAAUCCAUCGGCCACCUGUAUCGUUACAAACAAGUCAAUUCUAAUGCUCGUUUGUCGUUGAGAGAAAUCGGUAACGGCGCACCGCCCGUGCCAUUCUCGUAUCAGGAACUCAUCAAUCGACAGAUAUCGCCGAAUAUCUUGGCGAUUACCGCCGCGACAGCCACGUCCUACACAUUCCGAUGCUCUGAUUUCUACGGGGCCGAAGUGGCGCGGACUAACGUUCGCGGGAUACCGAUGGAGGACGACGCGCGUUUGAUUUUGGAUGAGAACGGUUACGUGGGAAUCUGGGAGUUCCUCCGCGCUUUCCUCGCAAGUCCGGGCGUAGAUCCGAAUCUGGUUCCCGCGCGUUGGGUCGAGAAUCAUUAUCGGUGGAUCGUAUGGAAAUUGGCGUCGAUGGACAGGAUGAAAUUCGGCUCAGCCGAGUUACCUAGGGCAUUAACACCUUCGCGCGUAAUGGCACAAUUAAAGUACCGGUACGAUCGAGAGAUUGAUCAAUUUCAGCGAUCAGCCAUAAGACGUAUCUUGGAGAAGGACGAUGUCGCGUCUAAGAGAAUGAUUUUAUGCGUGUCAUCUAUAGUAGAAAAUAAUAAUGUAAGUACGGAGGUAGGGAAGAGUCCGCGCAUAGGAGUGCCAAAAUGGAGAAUAGAAUUAACAGAUGGCUGGUACAGCAUACCUAUUUGUAUCGAUAUAGGAUUGGUGAAGAGCAUAUCGACUGGCAAAAUAAAAGAGGGCACGAAAUUAGUGGUGUCAGGCGCAGAAUUACUAAAUUGCGAUCAAGGUUUCUAUCCAUUAGAGGCACCAGCUACCGUAUGCUUAAAAUUACACACAAAUUCAACCAGGCGCGCACGAUGGUACGCGAAAUUAGGAUACGCGCCACGUUCGGGACCGAUACCCAUCAAAUUAUGUAACGUAUGUCCGAGCGGCGGUUUAAUCGGUAAAAUGACAAUUAUUGUCGCUAGAGUGUAUCCGACGUUAUAUCACGAGAAAACCGCGUCCGGAGAUUCGAUUGUUCGAAACGCUAAAUGCGAGGAGAAAGCGCAAAGUACAUACGAACAGCAAUGUUUGUCCAAGAUAGAGACAUUUUACGCUAACGCGGAGAAAGAUUUUCAAGAGGGACUUACUGAUGAAACUGAGUUGGACGAAGAUUACGGAAGCUCGUCGCAGGAAUCCGCCUCGAAGAAACGACGCAGCGAAGAAUUAUUGCAAGAGCUACACCAGAAAAAAGAGAGGUUCAUGCAAGACAUACAAUCAAAAUUGCGCGAUAAUUUGCCGGGGCCACGGCAAGUUUCUCAACUGCUUAAAGUUCGCGUAUGCGACGAGAAUGUAAACGCAAUUCUGUCGGUUUGGUCGCCUAGCGAGGAAGUUGUCAGUGCCCUCAAAGAAGGCGCGCAUGUCUCACUUUAUAACGUUAUUGCUUCUGGAAAGAGAGGAACCGAAUUGCAACUCACCGGGCGCCGGUCCUCAAUUUUUAAACCGGUAAAGGUGCAUGAUACGUCAUAUCCUGCUAGAGUGCACACAUCUUUUAGCGAAUUGGCCAAUUUUGAAUUUGCUCCACCUUACGGAGAAUUUGACACGGUCGGUUUUGUCUGUUGCGUCGGCCCUGCCCCUUAUGGCAUGAAAGAUUUCGAGGUCGUACAUUUAGCAUACCCGAAAACGGACUCAAAUGACUCCUUGUAUCUCUCGAUAUUAUUUUGGCAAGGUAUAGCCAGUUAUGGUUAUACAGAUAUUCUUACUGUUGGAUCUAUCGUAGCGUGCAGUAAUUUAGAAUGGCGAAGGGCAACUUCAUGGAAUGUCCCAGCGGCAUAUUGUACGGACAAAACUAUUUUUACAUGUAAUCCUCGCCGAAAUCAUUUGUACGAAUCUUUUGAAAAUUUGCAAAACCUGAUCACGGAUCCGAUUAAAUACACUGAAAGAUGCACUUUGGCUCUUAAUGUGGAAUUGCAAAAAAAGUCAACACCGACGCAUUAUGUGGCGGGUAAAAGCACUCCGAUUAAAAUGUACAAUUCGAUCAUAUCAAGCGUGGAUAAAAGAUUGAUCGACUACACGUCACCGUUGGCAGCACCGAAAUUAGGAGUCGGCAGCAGCCCGAGUUUUAUCGCAGCUAAUCCUUCGAUCCAGAGACGACUCGAGAAACUUCAAUAUUAUGGUGAACCACCCGAACUAUCUCCUCUUAUACUCAGAAAAUCCAAGAGGGUUUCUUUGAAUUUCCAAUCGCCCGUUCGCACGACGAAGGACACGUCGAGUACCAAGCAGUCUGGGGAUCCAAGUUCAUCCGACACGUCGGAAAAGCAGUGAUAUAACCAGUUUACUCAUUCGUUUUCAUUCUAGUUAUAAGCAGUUGUAAAAAUUUGUUAAUUAUUAUUAUAUAAACUAUUUCGUUUUC